GCACUGCAGCAGUGCGCUCUGCUCGAGAGGGAGAGCGCGAGCUGUCUACGGUAAUGUUCCAUACGCCCUCUCCGCCCCUGCUGCUCGAGAGACAGGUGGUCGGGACACAUGCCUUCAUCCUCGAGCGCUCCCCGGUUAAAAGAAGAAAACAAAUCGGUUGACAGACAGCGGUGGGACUGCUGGCGUGAGGCAAGCGCGUCCCCGAUGGAAUUGGAGCCGGUGACCUCCGCGCAGCGAGCACUGGGCAGAGGAGAGAGAGGGGAAAGCAAGUUGGCGAGAGAACCUCACCGAUUUACGUUUACGUUUCUCACCAUGACUAUUGCGCUGGCUGCUUUUCCGCCGCAGCGGAGGGGAUUGUUAUUCACUUACAGAAGGAAGAAACACACAAACCUCUGAGGCAAACCGGAGAGAGAGCAUUACCGGGAAUUUCGUUUUGUUCCAUUAUUCAUUUGGAUCCUAAUAGCUGGUGGAAGUUGUCUCGUGGGGAUUAUGAUGUCUUCGGGUGCCGGUAAAGCCCCGCAGCCCCCCGGGCCAGGCUCCGGUAGCCUAAACGGGACUGCAGCAGACUUACCGAACAUAGAGCAGGAGCUAUAUGACUAUCAGAUGCAUGGCAAGAUGUGCAAGAAGAUAGCUCAGCUAACCAAGGUGAUCUAUUCUCUGAACACUAAGAACGAAGAGCAGGAGGCGGCCCUUCAGGCCGUCAGCCACGCCCACCAGGAAGAGCUGAGGCAGGUUACCACGGGGACGUGUACCGAGGGGGAGGAGUCGGCAGUGCUUAGGACACGCCUCUCAGAGCUGCAGGAAACUCUAGCUCAGGUUCAGGUAGAAUUUGAGAGCUACCGUGUCCAGGCAGAGGAGAGGGAUCGUGGGGUAGAGGCAGAGCUAAGGAGGGACUAUGAGGAAAAGCUCCAGGCUCUGGGGCUGGAGAGACAGGAGACCCAGGCCCAACUCAACACGGCCCACGACGAGAGUCUCCGACUGGGGAGAGAGCUGGAGACGGCUGGGGAGGCUGCGCAGUGCCUGGAGGUUCAAUGUGACGAACUACGGAGGAAAGGAGAAGAGGAGCGAGGGAAAGGGAAGGAGGAGGAGACGGAGAGAAUGCGACUCCUCUCGGAGGAGGUGAAGACUCUGAGGAAAGGGAAGGAGCGAGCGGAGGAAGAGAGGGAGAGAGCA